AUGGCGAGCUCACCGACUUCAAAACAUCAGCGCAAUGUCUCAAAGUCAUCACGACCGCGUGCAUCAACCAAGGGACCACUGGAUAUUCCUGAAGAUGAACUUGUGCCUUCAGAUAGCCCACACUCCCCUCAGAAAUCCCAAAUCCAACGCCCCCGCUUGUCGAAUGAUGCUGGCCCUCUUGCCUCGUCGGAUCCCUUAGAUCUGCAUCCAUUGAAAGUCGAGCUCGAUAUUAUUCUAGCAACCCACGAUCUUUCUGCGGCGGCCACCAAGGACCUCUCAUUUUUACUACGCCCGGAAAUUUAUUAUCCUCUCUCCCAGCUUGAGGUUCCGCCUAUGUUUCGAUCUUCUUUUUACAACCCAUCGAUAGGGGAGUCUAUCAAUGCCUCUAUGGAUGUACUUAGAAAUCAGCUUGAACAGGGACAUUUCCUCCUCGCAGCCCAUCUGAGCGCAAAGCUGUUGACGUCUCCGCUCAUUAAAUCUUCGGAUGUGCAGCUGAUCUUUAAUUUGCUGUACACCCGCCUAGCUUGUCUUGAGCUGACAGGACACGGCUCAUUUGCUGCGCAGGAGUCCAAAGCAUUGGAAGACUUAAACUCGGCGUUUUAUUAUGUUGAUGCCGACUUCGAAGUGGACAGUGAUCCAGGACAACACGGUCGCGCUAGGCGCUCUUUUCAUAUAGUCCCAUGGCCGCUACGUGUUCUCGCGGUUCGUCUGCAAAGCAUUGCUUUCGGAGAUCCACGAAGAAGCAUCACCGGUUUAUAUGAGCUCGGCUUUGAAGCUAGAAGAGAAUUCAUGCAGCCGACCCUGGACAACACAGAGAAACAAGUAUGGAAGGAUAGGCUUGCAGAUCUAGGAAUUCGCGCUGUCAGUGCCCUUGUCGAGAUGGGGGAUCUAGAUGCAGCACGGCGAUCGUUAAGAAACUUGGGUAAUUCCGAAAACAUCAGCAACCAAGCUAGAGCUGUUCUUUUGGCUUUGCGAGUUGGAGAUCUGACUUCUGCUCGGGAAACGUUGAAAGGCUCUAGCGUGCUUCAGGAUGGGAUUUUGACCCCUUUGACCUCUAUGGCUGAAGGAUCUUAUGACGAUGCUACCGUGAAGUGGAAGGCUCUACUUAAGGGUCCGAUUGGUCCCAUGAAGCCCAUAGCUGUGCAAAAUCUCGCUGUCUGCCUUUUAUACACGGGUCAAUUGAACGAGUCUCGCUCGCUUCUAGAGUCACUCAUCAAUGAAAAUCAUUCCUUCCAAAGUCUUACUUUCAACCUUGCGACUAUAUAUGAGCUGUGCUGCGAUAACCCGCGGAGCCGAAAGUUGCGCCUAGGGGAGAUGGUAUCUCAGCAGACACACGCCGGGGAAGUAAAUCUAGAUCGAUCGAAUGCAGACUUCAAGCUAUGA